UGUUUUUCCUUCUCCAACGCUGAUAAACGGGGCCUGUCCUGAGUGUUCGCUUCUCCGCCACCGAGUACCGCGAGAUAUUGACAGUUGAUCGACCGCUGACCCAAAUAAGGCGCCGUAGUCUUGCGGUCGAGGGUGACUCUCCCCAAUUUCAAGCUGCUCAAGCGGGUUUAGCUGAUCUCAUUUUUAGCUUCCUAGCCGCUAGCAAAGCGCCGCGUUUGCGGUCGACAAAUCGCAACGGAAAGCUCGAGCAAGGGUCGCGAUGAUCGUGUGACGAUGUGUGCAAAAAGUGUGAAAGGAGAGGACGCGCUCGAACUUUCUCGAGCAAAAAAACAAAACGAGCGACAACGUCGAGAACUGGACGCUCUUGUCCACAAGCCUCAAGAUGAUUUGGUAGCAGACAUCGGUAAAAAGUGUAUUUGUCCUGAGCGGCAGGAGGCACGUUCCCCUCAAAUCAGAGAGGAAAAAGACCGCCGCGUUACGGAGGAGGAGCCAGAGUCGCCCGUCGUUAAAGAGGAAGAGGAGGAGGCUGGCAUCACCAACUUGCCAUUCCCUUGUGUCACCGUGAAGAUCGAAGAGGAUGAGGAGCACUGGGGAGGCUCACAAGACGGAACUCUCUUCACUCCUCUGUCAGAUAAUAAGAUAACGGCGCGCUCUGCUGACACUGAGGAGGAGGAGGAGGAGGAGGAGGAGGAGAAACACUCCAAAGACGAUAGGACGUCUCAGUGGAAAUGCUCGCAGUGUGGCAAAACCUUUGAUGGCAAGUUCACGUUCAAAGACCACAUGAGGCAACAUUUUGCCUGCUCACUUUGUGGCAAAAGAUUCUCUGCUAUGAUUUGUUUAACAAGACACACAAGAACACACACUGGGGAAAAACUUUUUGCCUGCUCAGUUUGUGGGAAACGAUUCACUCAGAAAGGACAUUUAGAGACACACACAAGGACACACACGGGAGAGAAACCUUUUGUUUGCCCAGUUUGUGGGAAAAGAUACUCUCAGAAGGGACACUUGGAAAUACACACACGCUCACACACUGGGGAGAAACCUUUUGUCUGCUCAGUUUGCGGUAAAGGAUUCUCAGAAAAGAGAAGCUUAAGAGAACACGCACGAACACACACUGGGGAGCAACCUUUCGCCUGCGUCGUCUGUGGUAAAAGAUUCUCAAGAAAGACUAAUUUAACAACGCACUCAAGAACCCACACUGGGGAGAAGCGGUUUGCCUGCUCAGUCUGUGGGAAAACAUUUACUCUAAAGAGUCAUUUCAAUGACCACACAAGAACACACACUGGGGAGAAACCUUACGUCUGCUCAGUUUGUGGCAAAAGAUUUUCUGUAAAAGAAAGCUUAACAAGACACAAAAGAACCCACACGGGUGAGAAACCUUAUGCCUGCUCAGUUUGUGGUAAAAUAUUCACUCAAAAGGGACAUUUAAGAAAACACGCAAGAACCCACACUGGGGAGAAACCCUUUGCCUGUUCGGUAUGUGCUAAAAAAUUCACACAGAAGGGAAAUUUAGGCAAACACCUAAGAACACACACUGGAGAAAAACCUUUUGCAUGCUCUGUUUGUGGUAAAACAUUUACUGCAAAGACCGACUUAGUAAAGCACACGCGAACGCACACCGGGGAGAAACCUUUUGCCUGCUCCGUUUGCGCUAAAAGAUUCUCUUGUCAGCAUCAUGUGAAGACACACAAGUGUGUUGGUGUGAAGAGCAGCAAAUCCAGGAAGCUUUAAAUGGGCUACAAAAAGAAACGUUGGCUCUUUGAUAAGAUGGGAAAGUAUGGAUGUGAUGCAGAAUAAAAUGCAAAUAGGUCUUAAAAGCAAUGAUAGCGUUCA